AUGUCUGCAUUUCUUCUCCUCUCGGCGCCUGCGCUCAAAGCGCCUCGUGCAUCUUCCCACUCGUCGCAAAGCACGAGUAACCGGAGCGGCAAGGCCUCGUCGGUACGCAUGGCGCCCUCCCGCACGUCCAUGCAAUCUGCAGCUGCAGCACCGUCGACGGUGUCCAGCGGCUCACGUGAGCGCAAGUACUUUGACCCCGACACACUCGCCUACGUGGACGCGCACGCCCACUUAUCUCUAUUUGAGCGCAAGCUCAUGUGUUUCAGCGACGCCGUGGCUGCAGCCAAGGCCAAGUCGGUGGGCGAGCCCUUGACCAAGGCGUUGAACGACGCAACACGCAGCAGUCAGGGCCUGUGCGGGGGCGGCCCGCUCCUCACCACGGACAACCUCGAGAUCUUGCAGUACAACUACUACGAGAAGUUCACGCCGGACGCGGCGUCCAUCAAGAACCACUUGCGCUUCAAGCCGCCGGCGUACUUGCACGUGAUGCUCGCGGACGAGCAGGUCGACAGGGCCAUCCGGCAGGACGAGGCGUCGGCCAGCCCCCGCCAGCAGGACCCCAAGCCGGGCCCCGGCAAGCCCCGCAAAAACAGGCCGGUGCCCAGGACGCACAGCCUGAACAGGCUCAACCAGUACACGAAAAUGUGCCAGGACAUGCCCAUGCCGCAGGACAAGGAGUGGCCCCCAAAGCCCUCGUCGCUUGCCGAAGAGGCCAUCCGCGGCAGGGUGGCCGCCAUGCAGCGCCGCCUCACGUGCCCGGCAGCGCAGACGGCCGACUACUGCGUCAGCGUGCGCGACGCCCUCCAUCUCCUGCUGUUCUGGGACGACGUGUACCACGACAUGCGGUGCGACACGCUCGGCGAAGACUACUACGCGUGGCUCCCGCCGCGCGAGACCACGCAGCGCCUUUUCCUUGCGCUCCUCGACUUUGCGCUCUCGCGGCUCCGCGUGGUGACGUGCCCGCUCUCCGCCGCCGAGGCCGGCGACUUGAAUGCGGACGAGCGCCACGAGUUGGCCCGCAACCAGUUUUUCUACUUGCAGAAGGCGGACGGCGCGCUCGUCGGGUGUCUCUUGGCGUUUCUCCGCGACCACUUCUUGGAGCAGAUCGCCGUGUUUGUGGUGUCCCCCAAGAUGACGGGUGUGCACGAGCUCUUGGCCGUGGUGGGGGCCCGCAUGUGCGACAACCUCAAGCUCCAUUUCUACGGGCACUCGCGGGCCGAGGCCGUCACGGCGCUUUUCCACGAUUUCCUCGUGGGCGUGUUGGACGCGCUCUUGCAGGACGCGGACCGGCCAGACCCGCCGCCGGAGACCUGCUCGCUGUCGCAGUAUUCGCUGGUGGCGUCUGUGUUUGAGCCCGUGACGACCGACGCGGGCCACAGCGCCGUGCUGCGGGUGCUGGAGUCGGAGCCGCCGCCAAAGACCGGGGGCAAGCGGUCCAAGUGGGGUUUUUUGAGGCGCUCGAAAAAGUAG